CAAAUAUGCCUUAAUGUCUAAAAAGGUCCAAAUACACCCUUAAUGUCUUUCAAGUGGUAUGAAAAAACACUUACUGCUAAAAGUACGUUACCUUUCGUUGAGAAAUGUUAAAUGUGUCAUAUAUGGCUAAGGGCAGAUUUGAGCUUCACAUUAGGGGCAAUAUUUAUCCUUUUCUAUAUAGUAUACUAUAGUCAUAAAUAUUGAUUAUAGGGAUUAAUCUCACAUAUAUCUUCAACAAAUCAAUUUCUUCUUUACUUGCACCAAAAAAUAGUUGCAGUCAAAAUGCAAGCUUCUUCAUCUUUGAGUUCAGCUUUCUUGAAUUGCAAGAAAGAACCCAUCAAAAUGAACAAUUUAUUUAAGAAAAAUGCUUAUUCCUCUUGGACUCGAUUUACUUAUGCUUAUUUUAACAAAUUUGAUUCAAAAUUCCCACAAAAUUCUCGAAUACGGUCACGUUUUUCUUGCGAUGGUGAGGCCGAGUCAUGGAAAUCUAUGGAGGGUCUUGUUUGUAGCUCUGCUAAUAAUGUUCCUUUGUCUCCUAUAAGUUUCCUGGAGAGAGCAGCCAAGGUUUACAGAGACAGGACUUCAGUUGUAUACGGUGAUGUGAAGUAUUGCUGGAAUGAGACUUAUGAUCGCUGUCUUAAGCUUGCUUCUGCCUUAACCCAGUUGGGCAUUUCAUAUGGAGAUGUGGUUGCAACUCUGGCCCCUAAUGUUCCGGCAAUGUACGAGCUGCAUUUUGCAGUCCCUAUGGCAGGAGGUGUCCUUUGUCCGCUUAACACACGGCAUGACUCUAAUAUGGUAUCUGUCCUGUUGAAACAUUCCGAAGCUAAGGUUCUCUUUGUAGACUUUCAGUUGCUCGAUGUUGCUAAGGAAGCACUUGAUCUUCUUGAAAAAACAGAAUCAAAACCCCCGAUACUGGUUUUAAUUCCUGAGGCUGAUAGUUUGUUAGCUUCUAAAUGUAGUUCAAAUAAUUACGAGUAUGAAAGUUUAUUGGAAAAUGGAAAUAAGGAAUUUGAGAUUCGACGACCGAAAAGUGAAUGGGAUCCCAUCAGUGUAAAUUAUACUUCUGGGACAACCUCGAGACCGAAAGGCGUUGUUUAUAGUCAUAGAGGAGCUUACCUGAAUUCGCUCGCGAUAAUCGUCCUUCAUGGCAUGGGAGCAAUGCCUGUUUAUCUUUGGACAGUGCCUAUGUUUCACGCCAAUGGUUGGUGCCUCACCUGGGGAGUGGCUGCACAGGGUGGCACCAAUGUAUGCAUCAGAAAAGUCACCCCAAAGGGCAUCUUCAAUAGCAUAACACAGCACAAUGUGACACACAUGGGAGGAGCACCAACUGUGUUAAACAUGAUUGGAAAUUCUCCAGUGAGCGACCAAAAGCCGCUUCCUCAUAAAGUCGAAAUAAUGACCGGGGGUUCUCCACCUCCUCCGCAGAUCAUUUUCAAUAUGGAAGAAUUAGGUUUUGGUGUAUCUCAUAUAUAUGGCCUGACAGAAACUUAUGGUCCGGGGACUUAUUGUGUGUGGAAACCUGAAUGGGAUUCGCUACCUCCGAACGAGAGGGUAAAGAUGAAAGCCAGACAAGGGAUGCACCAUCUUGGCUUGGAAGACGUUGAUGUGAAAGAUCCGGCAACCGAUGAAAGCGUGCCAGCUGAUGGUAAAACAAUAGGUGAGGUCAUGUUCAGAGGAAACACUGUCAUGAGUGGGUACCUUAAAGACUUGAAAGCUACAGAGGAAGCCUUCAAAGGCGGAUGGUUUCGAAGUGGGGAUCUUGCAGUGAGACAUCCUGAUGGUUCUAUAGAAGUGAAGGACCGGUUGAAGGAUAUCAUAAUUUCCGGUGGAGAGAAUAUAUGUACAGUUGAAGUGGAGACAGUUUUGUAUAGUCAUCCUGCAAUUUUUGAGGCAGCUGUAGUGGCACGGCCAGAUGAUUAUUGGGGACAAACACCUUGUGCAUUUGUGAAGUUAAAAGAUGAAUUUGAUGUGAGCGGGGAAGAUAUAAUCAAGUUCUGCCGGGAUCAUUUGCCUCAUUAUAUGGCCCCUCGGACUAUCGUAUUUGAGGAUUUGCCUAAAACGUCCACUGGGAAAGUGCAGAAGUUUAUUCUUAGGGAGAAGGCAAAGGCCAUGGGAAGCCUUUCUUGAAAAUGAAAGGAUGUAUAUAUAGAAACUCAAAUUUACUUGGGGAAAUAAAGAAUUGAAUUCUUACAUAA